ACACUGGAAUAAACAGAAGCAGGAAGAGUACAUGAUCGGUUCCAGGAUGACAGCAGCCCUCCUGUGUCUCCUCCUGGCUGGUCCAGUGCUGCUGGUUGCUGGCAGCCCAGUUCUUAACUCCAACAAUGGGACCAUACCAGUGGUGCUGUGGCAUGGGAUGGGUGACAGCUGUUGUAACCCGCUCAGCAUGGGAGCAAUAAAGAAGAUGAUUGAGGAAGAGAUCCCCGGUGUUUACGUGCUCUCGCUGAUGAUCGGAAAGAAUGUAAUUCAGGACACAGAAAAUGGGUUUUUCAUGGAUGUGAAUGAGCAGGUGUCCAUGGUGUGCAGUCAGCUGGCUCAGGACCCAAAGUUGAAGGGAGGAUACAAUGCUAUGGGCUUCUCCCAGGGGGCACAAUUUCUAAGAGCUGUGGCUCAGCGCUGUCCCUCUCCGCCAAUGAAAACCCUGAUCUCCAUCGGUGGCCAGCACCAAGGAGUGUACGGGCUGCCCAGGUGUCCCGGAGAAAGCUCCCACAUCUGCGACAUGAUACGCAAAGCUCUGAACAACGGAGCUUACACCGACUUGGUUCAAAAACACCUGGUGCAGGCGCAGUACUGGCACGACCCCUUAAAUGACGACCUGUACAAGAAGCACAGCCUCUUCCUGGCCGACAUCAAUCAGGAGAGGGCUGUGAAUGAAACUUAUAAGAAGAAUCUUCAGCUGCUGGAGAACUUCGUCAUGGUCAAGUUCCUGCAGGACUCUGUAGUGGAUCCUGUUGAUACGGAGUGGUUCGGCUUCCUGAAAACCGGCCAAGCCAAAGAGACUGAGACUCUGCAGGAGAGCGUUCUCUACAAAGAGGAUCGUCUGGGCCUGGCAGCGAUGGAUAAGGCUGGAAAGCUGGCUUUUCUGGCAACUGAGGGAGACCACCUCCAGUUUACCAGAGAGUGGUUCAACGCACACCUGCUGCCUUAUUUACGUUGAAACACUUCCAGUCAUCUCAGAGGAAAUAUCUGAUUCCAACAAAAGAAUAAUAAAAUGAAUAAUUUGUUUCUUGCUCGAUAUAAUGAAUGUGAAGGGUGAACAAGCUUAAUAACCAGAGCAGGGAUGCAGAAAGCACCUAAUUCCUUCCUUUUUGCACUGAUCACUUAUAGCAUGUCGAUGCUGUUUUUGUGACGCCUUUGAAUUUUAGCAGCUAAUUUGUCAGUGAGUCCACUGCUGUUCUGAUUAGGUCAAAUUGUUGGUUUGAGCUUUUUACUUUUGUCUAACAGACUAACGUACCUGUACAUACAUGUUUAAUCCAAUAAAGACAAACGAAAAGACA